UGUCAUUUGACAUUCUCAUUUGCCAACGAUCCCCGAUCAAUUUUUGCCUCUCAAGAAAAAAAUGAAUGGUUUUCCAUAGCAAGUAAGAAUUUCAAAUGAAUGUACGCUGCUUCAACAGGCAAUUUCCCCUGUCUUACCCACCUCUGCGUCCUCUCACACCUCCUGCUCGUGGGGAAACCCAUUUAUGGUAUGUGAGUCCAAAUGAAGUUGAUAGUUCUUCACUAUUGAAUCAGUAUACACAACUUCUUUCCCCUUCCGAGAAACAAAGUGUACUUAGCUUUAAAGAAGAUGGGUUGAGGAAGAAAGCCCUUUUAGCUCGUGCUCUGGUUCGCACUAUCCUUGCUAGAUAUCACCCAAAUUCUUAUGUUGAUCCAAGAUCUUUGAAGUUUAAGAGAAAUUCAUAUGGGAAACCAGAGGUCGAUUGGCAAGAUGCACCAGAUAGGAGUUGGCCACCAUUACAUUUCAAUUUAUCACAUACUUCUUCCAUGAUUGCCUGUGGAAUUACAACCUAUUCUCCCAUUGGAAUUGAUGUGGAGAACAAGAAUAGGACAUUAAAGAAUGAAAUCAUCCCAUUUGCUCGUCGCUUCUUUUCUUUGAAUGAAGUUGAAUACUUGGCUCGUAUACUAGACCCUGAAAUGCAGCGUCAGGAAUUUAUUAAGAUGUGGACGCUUAAGGAAGCAUAUGUAAAAGCAUUAGGAACGGGCUUUUCGGCUACUCCCUUCAACACCUUCGAGAUUCACUUUCAAGCUUCUUCAGAAACUAUGUCAAAUACUUUAGAGAUUGUUGAUCUAAAGGAAUCUGAAAUCGCUGUUGAAUCAACCCAGUUCCCAAAUGGGCAAUGGCAGCUUGCCCUUCUCGAGUUGGCUGAUACUCAUUAUGCUGCCAUUUGUACAAAAAAUGACAGCUCUAUUGAAGAAAAUGUAUCUUCGUUGGGUUUGAGAGUGUGGAAAACAAUUCCUCUUCUGGAAGAUGUGUACAUGUCUGGGACUGAUUCAGUUGUCACAGUUUGUGGGUUUGUCAAGCAGCUCACAUAGUUCUGCUGCGCUGCCGCAUUGGAUGGAACUCGUAUUGACAUGGUUUUCGUGGAUGGAAAGGAAAUAAAUUCAUUACCGAGCAUUUAUGUAUGAUGAUGAUAGAUUUGAACUAAAUCUAGUUCAUGAACAAGAGAAGUCGAAUCGACUUAUUAGUUCAUAGGAGAUUAUUGAUCAGAGGGUGUUAAGGAGCCCAAAAGCUAGUUUCUUGAUGUUUAUUCCAUCAUUUUAGUCGUAUUUUCUAUGUUUGUAAGCUCGUAACAGUUGGAAUUAAUGGUCAAUCAGAAACAAUCUCUUUAGUCUUUAUUAUUUCUAACAGAUGUAUAACAAAGAUAAGAUUGCGUAUAUGUGAUCCCAAUCUCUUUAGUCUU